AUGACAAAUCAGAUUGGCUGCGUAAUAUGUUACUAAUCAGUUGAGGAAAUUCUAGAGCAAGAUUGUAAAUAUGAUGAAUGCUCUUACUGUGAGCAAUCAUUUUGCCACGAUUGCUUCAAGGAAUGGAUGAUUCAGCAAAUUAAGAGCAAGCAUUUUAAGCGAUUAGACAAGGUGUUGCUUAAGUGCUAACAAGAGAAAUGUGAAAAUACUUAUAAGAUGAGCCAGAUCGCAAACAUACUGGAUCAAGAAAGAUUCUAUGAGGUAGAUAGAGUUUUAACUUAAAAAUUGCUCAGAGCAAAUGAUUCCUUCAUAAAUUGUCCGAACUCAGCUUGUGGCAAUUAUGGAUUUCUAGAGGAUGUAUGCUGCCCAAACAACAUAGAGUGCACAAACUGCAAUGCUCAUUUCAAAUUGAGUUGCUAGCCUCACAGCAGUUUUAGGCUAUCAAACUAUCUGAGUAUAGAAGCCCUAUAUAACAGUAACACCUACAGUGACCUAUAUAAGGUCUUAUUUGCUUAGAUGUGUCCAUCUUGCAAGGUAAUGAUUGUUAGAAGCGAAGGGUGUAAGUUUAUGGAAUGUGCAAAGUGCUAGUAUCAGUUUUGCUGGAACUGCUUGAGUGAAUUCUAUACUGAGUAUCAUUAUUAUGAGUCGAUGUGUCCACUUAGGAUAGUGCCCAUCUAUGGUGUAGUGUCUAUAUCCUUACUGUUUCUCGUCAUCAAGAUGUUUUACUAGAUUGAUUUCUUGAACUUCCUGGUAAAAUGGAUAUUUUCAGCAGUUUUUUCUCAGUUGAUUGGAUUUGGACUUACUGUCCUGCUUAUAGCAUCUUAUAGAAAAUUCUAUUUGCUGUAUGAGUUGGUAAAGCAGCUCAAUAUCAGCCAGAAAACGUUAUAAAACCAAAGAGGAGGCAGAGCAUAGAUUACGAAGCUAAAAGAUAACAUAAAAAAUGAAAGUCUAGUGACUGCUUUGCUCAUGAUUGGAACUAUAGCCCUUAUGGCUCUAAUAAGAUAGAUGAAUCAACGAAUGAUGCCUGGUAUAGGACCAUAGGUGGUUAAAAGUGUUCCAAUACAUCUCAUAAUAGUAGGAUUCGGUAAACUUAUUAAAUGGUAUUCAAGUAGAUGA